CGACAACAGAGUGAAAGGAGCUCUUCUGGGUCAAGCACAUUUAGACCUCGUUAUUUAUACGGCGAACAUUACGCGUGACAUAGCUAUACCCAGGCUGCCACCCACCAAACAACGCGCUUGGAGCCUGAUUGGCGCGUACCACGUCACACCUCAAAGAAAGGACCUGGGUGGCAUUGCCCUUUCACCCUCUUGAAUCCUACAUUGAACACCUACUAUAUUACUCUGCUUGUCGCGAUUUGUUUUUAUAAUUUGGUGUUGUCCCAGUCAUACUACCUUUCUCCACUGAUCGCCUCCUACGUCAUAUUUACCUUCCAACAACUUGAAUACCCACAAUGAGCGCACAUUCACGCAGACUUCAAAGCAGUCUAGCCAGUAGCUGGGGCGACGCAGACUACUCAUCAGACGGCGGCGCAUCGAUUCACUCUGCAAGCGACGAAGCUAGCGAAGUUGACCUUGAGGAUUCAGACAAAGAGGUUUUGCAAACAGCCACACCCCUUGCACCCCGUACGACGCGGACUUCUUCGACUCACCCAGACGUCACACCGGUUAAGAAACCACUUAGCAAAAGUUCAUCUCAGUACUCGCAAGGUCCCCGAACCACACCACGGCCCUCAAAGAGACUGGCACAAUCUACACCUGGUCUGGAGCGCAAAGAGCCAAGCUUCAUCAUGCCUUCUCUCGAUAAUUCGAUCAGUGAUUCCUUCGACGGGUCGCCAAUGCGAAGUUCUCAAGUGCGAAACAGAAAGUCAGACAGGCCUUCUUCACGUCGCAAGGCAGGCGCUUCUCCUCGGGCACCUGGUCGACAGACUCCAUUAGACCCCCCGCAAGAGCAGAAAGAGCUUGGUCCAUGGUACUACGUGGAUCUCUUCUACAGAAAUAUCGCCCUACCCCUCGCAGCCUACAUAUUUGACAUCUUCGCCUAUGCAAUGCGGCACUUUGUCAAGCCAGUCCUCGGAGUCGUCCUGGGACUCGGCAUCAUCUAUCUCGGCUUCCAAGCAGCCUCUGUAUUCCUGUACUCGACACUCUCGAGCGCACUCACACCCGUCUGCCUGAUUCCAGGCUCCUCCUACAUCCUCCCGUUCUGCAGCAACACCGAGCACGAAACCCAGCGCGCAGACUUCGAAGAACUGAUCAACGUGCAAUCCCGCUUCGAAGACAUCCUCGACGCAUCAAAAGACACAUCCACCCUCCCCGCCACAAUCAAAGACUCCGAAAUCGCCAUCCGCGACCUCCGCACUCUAGUCCGCCACUCCCGCCUCCCCUCACGCAGCCAACUCGACCUCGAAUUCGCAAACUUCGUCCUCACCGCCAACGAAGCCUCAGUCGACCUCUCGCGCUACAACUCCCGCAUCGGCGCAACAAUGGACCGCGUCAUCGCGACAAACACCUGGACCAUGGCCGUGCUCUCCGGCAUCUCGGAGAAAGAAGCCAGCGUCGGCGCCGUAAGCCGCGCAUUCAGCUCCAUGACCGGCGUCUUCAUCGCGCCGCCGCCCACACUACAGCAGCGCAUCUUCGACCAGUACCUGCUGCACGUCAGCCAGAACAAAGAGGAGAUCACACGCCUGAUCGAAACCGCACAGGCGCUGCUCCAGGUGCUGCAGAAUCUCGACGAGCGCCUCGAUACUAUCUACCAGAUUGCGACGAAUGACGAUACGACUAUCACGAAGAAUCAGGAUGAAUUGCUUUCUUCGCUGUGGACGAAACUCGGUGGCAAUUCGGCGUCUGUGCGCGCGAAUAAGUCUCACCUCCAUUUGCUGCGCGAUAUUGCUGGGUAUCGGCGCAAGGCCCUGAAACAUGUUAGUCAGACGCUGCUCAAGUUGCAGGAGAUCCAGGCGCAGCUGGAGAAUCUGAGAGAGGGGGUUGCGGCGCCGGAGGUCUUGGGGUGGAGAGACGAGGUCCCGUUGACGUACCAUUUGGAUGUUAUUGAGAAGGCUGUUGAUCGGCUACGGGUCUCUAGGGGGGAGAGUAUGAGGGUCGAGGGGGAUAAUUAUCGUAGGAUGAUUAGGGGUGGGGAGGAUGAGGGGGGGUUCAAGGAGUUGCCGGGACGGGGGGUGCCGGUUGUUACUGUGAAGGCGAAGUAG